GUAGAGCAGCACACACUCUUACUAGUGCUCUCAUUUUAACUGAACUCCUGUUUACUCUCCGGCUCUCACUCAGGAUUCAUCACUCUACAUGGUCAAAGGGUUGGCAAGGAAUGAGCAGAGCCAAAACAACCACUGCCAGCUGUAGGAGGACAGGUGUUUCCACCUGAGAAGACAACGGGAAGAGGAACUACAGUCACCCUAGCAGGGGUGCCUCCUGUUUACCAGCAAACCCAUUUACUAGUUGUCCAGUAGUUCAUAGCAGGCCACACACACACACUCCAUCAUGCUGCAGCAGAUCUUGGCAGACAUGUACGUGGACCCUGACAUCCUGGAGGCCCUGAAUGAGGAGCAGAAAAAGACCCUUUUUCUGAAAAUGAGGGAAGAGCAGGUGCGUCGAUGGAAGGAAAGAGAGGAGCAAGAGGAGCAGGAUGGAAAGAAAGACAAGCCCAGGCCAACGAAAGCUUCUUAUAAGAAAGUGAGCUGGCUGCUAGGACGGGAUGGAGACGUACACGUCUGUGUUAUCGGGGAGACAGACGAGUAUAAAUCACACAAACUUAUCCUGUCUGAACUCAGGCAGCAGAACCUGACCAACUUUAGCAACUGUGACAGACCUCAUACUACUGGACCUUCGAAAAGCAGCAUAUCAAACCAAAUAGACCAGUCAGACAAUACCAAGCCAGGAAUAGAACUACUGCUUAAAAAAGCAGCUGAGUUAAAGGAAUUAGAUGCACAGAAAAAGGCCACCAGUUCCAUUUACUCCCAAGAGGAUGAAACGAACCAAGAAAACAACUCCGACUCCUCAAACUCUUCAGAUUUCCUGGACAGCCAAAGCAAAGAUUUGCAAAGACCUGAAGCUCGCAAAACAGAGAGAUACAUGUCUAUAGCUGAUAGACUGAGCCAGCGGGCUAUGCAGAGAGGAACCCGGCAGCCACUGCCUGUCUUCGAGAUGCCCUGCUUACAAGUACCAGCCCCAACACAAGAAAAAGAAGUGGUAAAUGAGCAAGGGAGCAGCUCUUCCAAUGGAAGCCGUGUGGCUCAGCUCAGGAGCAACUUCAACACGCCGAAUGCCAACAAACCUACACUGUGCCCCAAGCCACCUAUUCCUGUUAAACCUGCUCAUCUGAUAGCUGCUGCCUCUGUUAGAUGAACACACAUGUAGAUAAACCAGAUCAGAACAGUGAGCAUCAGAUCUUUAAUAAUAUACAUGUAGCGUAAUUAAACAAUAAUGAAGGAAGCAGAGGAAUUGGACCAUUUUAGAGCUGGUCAUGUAAAUAGUGUAGAACAACCAAUGGAUUCUCAUGGAGUACAUGUAAUUAGAUUAACUGUGGAACCCGGGUCAUCUUGAUUGCUUCAUUGUGUCCACCGGUGGUCCACUAAACUUCUAGCGUUUUUAUAUCAGCGUCUUUGAUUUUACAAUCACGAAAGUGAACAAAGACCAAAGUUGUUUUGUACUUGUUAUUGAAUGUGCUUUGUACAUAUCACACUAUCAAAAAUACCAAUAAA